UUCAAAGAGUAAAUACUAAAAUAUAGAAAGGCCCGAAUAGCGGAGUCUAAACAAUCAUUUAAUACACAUCUCUUCUAUAAAUGAUGCUAUCUGCUAACAAAAUAUCAAUCUAUCUUCUUUCACAGCAAAGACGUUUAUUCUCUGCCAUGUCUGGUAACAAAUAAAAUGCGAUAAAUAAAAAGUAUACAACUUAUAUGAUUCUAGAUUAUUCCAAGGAACGUAGUGUUGCCAUUCAAGCAGUCUUAACCGCCAGUAAAGUCUGUCAAUCUGUCUUUCAACAUCUUGUUGCUAAUGAGACCUUAACAAAAAACGAUAAAUCUCCUGUAACAGUUGCUGACUUUUCUGCUCAAGCUAUUGUCAAUACUUAUCUUACAAAGCAUUUCCCUAAUGAUCCAAUCGUAGGUGAAGAAGAUUCUAAAGAUUUACAAGGUGAUGCUGGUAAGAUCUUGAGGGAAAAAGUCUUUUCUUUAACAAACGGCGUAUUAAAUGAGAAUGAAAAACUUUCUGAACAACAAAUUUUGGAAGCUAUUGAUCGUGGUAAUUAUGCUGGUGGUUCUCAAGGUCGUCAUUGGGCUUUAGAUCCUAUUGAUGGAACUAAAGGUUUCUUACGUGGUGGACAAUAUGCUAUUUGUUUGGCUUUAAUCGUAGAUGGUAUUGUUCAACUUGGCGUUAUUGGCUGUCCUAAUUUACCUGUAGAUCAUAAAACUCCAUCAAGUGAACGUGGGUCAUUAUUUAUUGCUGUUCGUGGAUAUGGUGCAUUUCAGCGUUCAUUUACAAAUGAAAAAGAAACACCUAUUCAUUUUGCUGAUAUUUCAUCUACUAAAGAAGCUAUAUUUUGUGAAUCUGUUGAAGCGGGACAUUCAAGUCAUGAAGAUGCUAUCAAAAUUGCAAAAGAACUAAAUAUAACACGUGAUCCUGUUCGUAUGGAUAGUCAAGCUAAAUAUUGUUCUAUUGCUAGAGGUGAUGCUAAUAUUUAUUUACGUUUACCUGCAAGUAAAACCUAUAUUGAAAAGAUCUGGGAUCAUGCUUCUGGUAAUGUGCUUGUUACUGAAGCUGGAGGUAAAGUAACAGAUAUUUAUGGUAAACCUUUGGAUUUUUCUGUUGGACGUACGUUGGAAAAAAAUAAGGGUGUUAUUGCUUCAAAUGUGUCUAUUCAUGACACUGUUUUAAAAGCAGUUCAAAAAGUUUUAAAUAUUUAAAAUACAUUCAUGAUGUUGAAUCUAGAAUGAAAUACAAAUGAUAAAGACGAUGUCUUUCAAUAAUAAAUCUUCUUGCUGUAUAAUUUUA